UUCUCGAGCAGUGUUAAAUUCACUGGAUAUUAUAUUUGUAUGGACUUUCUCUUUCUAGAAUGCUCAAGCUGAAUAGAUUAAUAAUAAUAAUAACAAUAUGAUAUGAGAGCCGUCAUGGCCAAGUGACUAAGUGGUUACGUGUGAUAUAAGCAAAGCAAUGAAAGGAUUUUAAUCUGCGUACAUGAAAAUCUUCUGAUAAAGCUGGAGACAUGAACUGGUCAGAGCAGCCACCAUCUUUUAUCUGCAAUGCAAUUACAUCACCAUAGAGAUCAGCACGUUAAUGUUCCCCUGUUUCUGUUCAUCUGAGUUUUUUGAAACAGGGGACCAAUCAACUGCCUGACUUGGACGGCAAGUUGAAGACCCUGUAUAUAAAUAACCAUAGAAGCUCAAGCGAGAAGGAGUAUACAGAAAGUGAUAGCUUUUUUUUAUAUAUAUAUAUAUAUAAAUGGAAAAUUCAAGGUCUGGUUUUUAUUUCUUGGUUCUUUGUUGUGCUAGCCUUCUCUUCCCAACAUGCUGCAGCAGUAAGCAUAUUCCCUUGUUUAUAUUUGGAGACUCAUUUUUUGAAGCUGGAAAUAAUAACUACAUCAGAAAUGCAACUGGCCGGGCAAACUUCUGGCCUUAUGGUGAAACCUUCUUCAAGUAUCCCACUGGGAGAUUUUCGGACGGUCGAGUAAUUCCAGAUUUUAUUGCUGAGUAUGCAAAGUUGCCAUUCAUUCCUCCGUAUCUGCAACCUGGCAAUCACCAGAUUACAGAUGGGGUGAACUUUGCAUCAGGAGGAGCUGGUGCUCUAGCUCAAACCAGACCUGCUGGAUCGGUUAUAGACCUUAAGACGCAAGCAAUUUAUUUCAAGAACGUGGAGAGGCAGAUAAGUCAGAAACUGGGGGAUACAGAAACUAAGAAAUUGCUGUCUAAGGCUAUCUACAUGUUCAACAUCGGUAGCAAUGACUACGUAGCACCUUUCACAACAAACUCCAGUUUGCUCCAGGCCUACUCCAGAAAGGAGUACGUCGGAAUGGUUAUCGGCAAUACAACAACUGUGAUCAAAGAAAUAUACAGGAAUGGAGGAAGGAAAUUCGUGUUUGUCAGCACGGGUCCUUUGGGUUGUUUACCAUAUCUGAGAGCAUCAAACAAGAAUGGCACACGUGGUUGCAUGGAUGAAGUCACGUUGUUUUCAAAACUACACAAUAGCGCACUCAUUGAAGCCCUCAAGGAGCUCCAAACACAGCUUCGAGGGUUUAAAUACUCUUAUUUUGAUUUCUACACUUCAUUAAGUGAAAGAAUUAAGCACCAUUCAAAAUAUGGUUUUGAGAAGGGGAAGGUGGCGUGUUGUGGCAGUGGUCCAUACAGAGGAAUCUUGAGUUGCGGCGGAAGGGGAGCUGAAGAGUACCAAUUAUGUGACAAUCCUAGCGACUAUUUGUUCUUUGAUGGUGGUCAUCUCACCGAGAAAGCCAACAAUCAACUCGCAAAGUUGAUGUGGAGUGGGAAUUCUACUGUCAUAUGGCCUUACAAUCUUAAAACAUUAUUCCAGGAGUAGUCCAAAAAUAGGUCAUGCAACCAUAUGUGUGGUAGUUUUCCUAGGAUUCAAUAAACAUAUAUUCGAUAUCUUGUUGUCCUAUCAUGUAUCACAACCUUCAUGGUAAUGACAGAAACGGUAGCUAAUGGUAAAAUGGUCUUUU